AUGGCGCCCAAGGCGGCAUCCAAGGUCGCGCCCCGGAAGGCCGAUAUCAAGGGAGAUGCCUCAUCUUAUGAACAUCCCGCCUCCAGCCACGCCAAGAAAAAACGGCCGAGCGCAUAUGCCAUGCAGCCCAUCUCUGCGUUCUAUCUCUUUUUCGCUGCCGGCAUGAUUGCUGCUCUGUUUGCCCCAAUCCAGGACUGCGACGAGACCUUCAACUACUGGGAGCCGACCCAUUACCUCUCCCAUGGCUAUGGCCUCCAGACCUGGGAGUAUUCUCCCGAUUAUGCCAUUCGCAGCUGGCUUUACGUUGCGCUUCACGCUGUCGUGGGCAACGUGCGCAGGAUACUGCCCCAGUCCACCAAGGUUUCUGAAUUCUACUUCGUCCGCUACGGCUUGGCCCUUGUAUGUGCCAUUUGUCAAACCAUCAUGUUCCAAGCUGUGAGCAUAGCACUCAACGCUAGGAUCGGCCUUUUUUUUCUCGCCAUCACCAUCAUAAGCCCUGGUAAUUUCCAUGCAAGCGCCGCCUUCUUGCCCUCCAGCUUUGCCAUGUACAUGGGGAUGCUUGGCGCUGCAUCUUUCAUGAACUGGCGGGGCGGGUUGAAGACCUGGCAAGGAAUCACAUGGUUUGCUGUGGCUGGCAUUCUUGGCUGGCCUUUUGCCGCCGCGCUUUGUGUGCCAUAUGUCCUCGAGGAACUAAUUCUAGUCGUGUUCAGCGACAGGGACUCUCUGAUCGAAGCUUUGAUACGAUUUGUUCGCGGUGUCAUCGCCUCUCUCAUCGUCUUGUUUUUUGACUUUGCGGUCAACUUGUUCUUUUACAAGAAACCUGUAGUAGUCUCUUGGAACAUUGUCAAAUACAACAUUUUCUCGAAAACUGGUGGCCCUGAUCUCUAUGGAACAGAGCCAUGGACGUUCUAUUUUAAGAACUUGGCGUUGAACUUCAACAUCUGGUUCAUUCUCGCCCUGUUGGUACUGCCGCUAUUCUUGCUGCAGAAGGCAUUUUCAGCUUCGUCACAACGCUUAUCUAGCGGCCUACGAACAGUCAUAUUCAUUACACCGUUUUACAUGUGGCUAGGAAUCUUCACCGCACAGCCGCACAAAGAAGAGCGAUUCAUGUACCCCGCGUACCCCUUUCUGGCCCUCAACGCCGCAUUAUCACUGCACAUCAUCCUGUCCGCUAUUGGCAACUCAAACCCAAAGACAUUGAUUGGAAAAAUUCCCGGUCGUCUUAAGCUGCUUGCUGUCGGCCUUGUGCUCUUUCUCUCACUUGAUAUUGCCAUUGCUCGCAUCUACGGCAUCUACUCUGCGUAUUCCGCUCCACUGAAAGUGUAUUCUCCACUAUGGGGUGAUGAAGGAGGAAACACAUACGGAGCUGAGGAGGAUAACGUAUGCUUUGGGAAGGAAUGGUAUCGCUUCCCAACCUCGUACUUUCUCCCACGCAACAUGCACGCGAAAUUCCUGCGCUCCGAUUUCCGCGGCUUGUUGCCAGGUGAAUUUUCUGAGGCCCAAACCGGCUUCGGAUUCUGGAGCGGCACCUGGCUCCCUACCAGCGGUCUGAAUGACCGCAACGAAGAAGAUUUGGGCAAGUACGUCGAGCCUCGAAUGUGCUCGUUCUUGGUCGACACCCAGUAUCCUGCAAGGAAAGCCCCGCUUUCGCGUAGGGAACCGGACUACAUUGCAGAUAAGCAGCACUGGGAGCCUCUCAAAUGUGUCGACUUUCUCGAUGCUGCCAACACGCACAUCUUGGCUCGCACGUUGUGGCUUCCUGAUAUCGCUGCUAUUCCUGAAAAGUGUCAGCGCAAAUGGGGACGUCACUGCCUCCUUCAGCGCAAGCGAAGCGGUCGCAAUGCCGGCGUGUGGGUAGAUCCUGGCCAGAUGAUGAUGGGCUAG